GUUGGGCCGAUCGGGCCAACCCGACGCAAAGCCUGAGGUCUUGGUCGACCCACCUUCUUCUUCCCCUGUCUCUCCUGUAUCCGCUCGCCGUUUACCCAAACCCUUGUCCCCGCGCCGCCACCCCCAAGAACCUCAUCAGCUCCGGCCUUUAAUCUCCUCUGCGGCGGCAGAGGCAUCGAAUACCCCACUCCACAUCCUCCAAUGGCCACCAAGUCCCAAAAGAAGAAGAAGCUCUCCGCCCCCAACCCCUCUAUCGACGCCAAGAAGCCCAAACCUCCGAAACCCGUCGAGGAGCGAGAGACGGCGGUGGCGGCAGCCAAGAAGCCGAAGCCGAAGGAGCAGAAGGAGGGCAAGGAGGUCUCUGCCAAGAAGACGAAGAAGCAGAAGGAGAGCAACGAGAUUGACGAGAUCUUCGAGGCCACCAAGUCCGACAAGAAGCGCAAGCUGCAGGAGGAGGAGGAGGAGGAGGAGGGGUCCAAGAAGCCCAAGAAGGGCAAGGCCGAGGGGUCUAGCAAGAAGAAGAGCAAGAAGGAGACCAGAGGUAAUGGCUGGGAGCCUGGCCAAGAUGAUGAGGUUGAGGAGAAGCGGCCGCGGCGGCGCACCAAUGACGGGCUCACCAUCUACUCCGCCGACGAGCUCGGGUUUGGCAAGGCUGACGCCGGCGGCACCGCCCUCUGCCCCUUCGACUGCGACUGCUGCUUCUGACCCCUUCAGGGGUCCUCCGUGCCUGAGAUGGCUCACCGGUUGUCGUGCUGGGUUGGACUUCAGAGAGCAGGUUUGCUGCGACAGAGAGCGCCAAGGGGCAAAGCAGCUGCUGCACUGCUUAUAUCUUCACAUCACCGGGCUGAUGGUUUUGUUUGGAAACCAUACAGAGCUGCAGAAGAUCAGUGUGUGUAUCUGUAGUGAUGGUUCCUGUAUGGCUGUUUCCGUUCCCAAAGUAGCUAUAUCAGUUGUUUUUGUUAAGGUUGUUGUGAUUGCUGGUACUUAUAGAAUUUGAUCUGGUAUAUUUGCCAGAGCAUCAAGAACUUGCUUACAUUAUAUACUUAUACUGAAGUUGGGUUGAUCUCGUCU